AUGCCCAUCACUAUCACUGCCUUAAUGGAUAUUCUUCAGCAUAUGUUAAUCAUCAUGAAUAUUGGAACUAUUAAACCAAAGGUCUUUUCUAGUAUUGCUAGUAAAAAAUUCUCAAGAUAUCAUUUACAUAUAUACAAGAUAUUUCAGUAUUAUGAAGAAGGCAUUACAGAUUAUAGCAUCGCAUGA